AUAACUAUUACAAUGCAUAUAUCUACUUACGUAUUUACUGUUAAUUUCUUAUAAUAGGCCCUAAUGUUGUCUACACGAAAAUUGGAAGUGAAAAUUAGAUAGCGUUAACAUUUUUUGUAAGUGGAGAGCUGAACCUUAGACUUCAGUAGGAAAGAAAACCCGAACUAGCACAGACGACCGAGAUGUGCGAUGAUGAGACACAGCAGACCCACAGCUCUACUUUCCGUAGUCUACCUUGAGAGCAGGAUGGCGAAAGUCUAUAUUCUUAAAGAUUAAGCAUUAUCUGAAAGGUUUUCAAAGAAAAUAACGGAGAAGGGCAGGAAUUGUACUGCAACUCCCGAACAAAAAAGGAAAGUAAGGGAAUAUUUUGUGGAUAUUUCUACGGAUGUCUAAGGGAAAGCAUCAAAGACCGUUAUUAAUGCGUUGAGGAUUUGAGGACCCAACCAUAAUCCGACUUCAGAGAGAACAUUUGAAUCUAAAUAACUUAUUUACUGAAAGAUUUGAACGAAUAUGAUAUGAUCCGGUUGACUUCGUUUGAGGAGGAAUUUAGAAUUGCCUUUUAUUCGUCUUUAUUUGGAGAACAACCGUGUGCACAGUCGUUUUGUUUCAACAGUAAUGUUGUUUUGCGUACAUUUUCUGUGAGUUAAUACUUAUGGUCGUGAAAGGUUGAAACGAGCUUUUAGUUGCCUCUUGCAAGCCUCUCAACAGUGUUUUUUCGAUUUUCGAAUGAUAAUUUCAAUGCAUCUAUUCGCAAUGCGUAACGUUACCAUUGCGUGUUUUCCAAAUCUUGCUUUAAAAAAUAUCAAUCCAAAACCCUAGCCUACGGGCUACUCAACCGGAGAAGACACCAGCGUUUAUUGACUAUUUUUUCUCAGGCUACAACUGAAUGUUUAGCUGGACCGCAACGGAGACAAGAGGAACGACACAUAAUAAAACAAAAUAAUUUGAAACUUUUUGUCGUUGAUAACUUCGAAAGUAGAGAGUGCAUUGCUAGUCUGGAAUAGCCUACAAGAAUAGAUGAUUCUCAAAGGACAGAGGACGACAUAAAUAUUCAACCAUGUUCAAAGGGGGCUGCGGGCUUGAGUUCCUGCUGGUUCUCUGUGGUCUGGAUCUCUCCUGGUCCUGUCCACAUCACUGUAUCUGCUACACGGCGCCCAGCACAGUCAGCUGCCAGGCACACAACUUCCUGUCCGUCCCGGAAGGCAUCCCGGCGCACAGCGAGCGCAUCUUCCUGCAGAACAACAAGAUCCAUCGGCUGCUGCGAGGUCACUUCAGCCCCACCACCGUCACGCUGUGGAUCUACUCCAACAACAUAACCUACAUCGAGCCGUCCACCUUCCACGGCUUCGUUCAGCUGGAGGAGCUGGACCUGGGGGACAACCGCCACCUGCGCUCCCUGGCCGCAGACACCUUCCAUGGUUUGGGCCGUCUCCACGCGCUGCACCUUUACCGCUGUGGGCUCAGUGCUCUGCCCACCAACAUCUUCCAGGGUCUACGUAACCUGCAGUAUCUCUACCUACAGGAUAAUCACCUAGAGUUCCUGCAGGACGACAUCUUUGUUGAUCUGCACAACCUGAGCCACCUGUUCUUGCACGGCAACCGUCUGUGGUCGCUGCACCAGAACACCUUCCGCGGUCUGGGGGCCCUGGACCGUCUCCUGCUGCACCACAACCAACUGCAAUGGGUGGACCGCCUGGCCUUCCACGACCUGCGACGCCUCACCACCCUCUACCUGUUCAACAACUCCCUGACCGAGCUGUCCGGAGAAUGCCUGGCCCUGCUGCCCGCCCUGGAGUACCUGCGCCUCAACGACAACCCCUGGGAGUGUGACUGCAAGGCCCUGUCGCUCUGGGACUGGCUCAAGCGCUUCCGAGGUUCCACUUCGUCCGUUGGCUGCCAGGCCCCGGCACAGCUGGCUGGGAAGGACCUCAAGCAGCUCCGCAAGGAAGACUUCCCCAACUGCUCCGGCUCCGAGUCCCUGCACCAGAGCAAGACCAACUCUUGGGCAGAGACCGAUAAGGUGUCUCUAAAGAAGGAACCGCCCCCGGAGCCUCCUUCUCACUCCCACCGGCCGCACCACAACGAGGAACUCAACUACCCUUCCCCGCCGGCACCUCUUCCCCAUCCACCCCCAGCUAUAAACGGGGAGGUCCAAGAAUCAGGAGGACAGCCGGGGCUGGCGCCCCCUCAGAGGCCUGGCCGUGCCCGGAACUGCACCCGCCAGCGUGUCAGGGGGAGCAAGGGAAAGGGCCAGAACGAGGUGCACACCUUGAAGGAGAUGGCAGAUAAGGAGUACUCCUCGCCCGAUUUUGAAGGGGGCAAAUAUGACCACACGUCCCCGGAUGGCACCGUCACACGGAGAAAGCACAAGUGCCCUCCCCGGACCACUGUUCGCCCCCCUAGUGGGGUACAACAAGCCAACAACAAGGCCGCGUUGUCCCAACCCUUACAGUAUCUGUACAUCAUAGUGGGAGCCUUUUUGCCUAUGACCAUUGCCUAUAUUCCUCGCUGACCAAGAGGCUGGGAAGAGAUACUGGCUACAUAACAACACAGUCCUCAGACCCGCUCCAGCUCCUACACAACAACAAGGCCUGUGUGGUUGUACUUUACGUUAUGUUAAUGUGUUUAGGUACUUUGUGUGCGCGCGUGUGCGUGCGCAUGCGGGUGUGUGCGCGUGUGUGUUUGUGUAAAACAUUGUGUAGGGAGCUUUGCUGUUUAGUCUCAGAAAUAGACCUUCAAAACAUUGAACAUGAAAUGCUGAAAGACUGUGUGAGUAAAGAUGAGGGGUGAAGAAGAGGCUUGCACUGCCACCGCUGCCAUUACACGGUCAUCUCCAGUUCUGUUGGUCACAUCCACUUUGACCUUUCCUGGGGGUGGGCGGGUCUCUCUGGGGUUGACAGAGCAGGAAGUGGGAAACACAGAAACUCUACUGAAACAUUGGUACGUCAGAACUGAACCCAUGCUGCAGCAUAGGUACACUGGAGGUAGUGUCUCGGACGGCUGGUCCACCACAGGCCAGAAACAUUCAGCAAGCUAUGAGACAGGCAAGCUUUAAGGAAGAAGGGUUCGAUCUAGCUUUAAUGGCAAGUGUCCAGUUUGUAAAUCCUUAUUGGAGGGUAGGGUGGAGGAUUUGAAAGCAUAGGACAUUGUCAAAGAAACCCUCAAGGGAGGUCUAGCUCAAUUUUAUGUUUCACAUUAUUUGCCAAAUGUUUUGGAUUCCGUCAGAUGCCAGUAGCUGCAUCGAAUUGGUCAGAUGUAUCUGAGGUAUAGCACAUCAACAGGGAGAUAAUCAGGAAACAUCCAGUCCUAAUUCCAUCAAUGCUAACAUUUCAGCAGAAGUAAUGGGGCGUUAGAAUAUGUCAGACCAUCCAGCUCCAGCUAAUAAAGUUUAGCAAGUUAACUUCUGCUCCAUGAUCAGGUAUAGUUGUUCCCAAGAUACAUAUUGAACAUACUUUACGGUUAUUCUACCAUUUCCACACAUUGCUCUACUCCUAUGUCUGAUUUGUGUCUUUCUAUUGGCUUCAUUUCAUUUUUUACAUGCUUUACUGAAGUUCAUAUUAAGCUUAUAUACCCAAGCUGCUAAUUCUCUGUGGAGGUGAACGGGACUGAGGUCGACUCCCAACUCCCCCCAUGGGUGUGUCCCAGGAGAAGACAGGUUGAACAUGAUGGAAUCUGUCUAUUUCUUAUCGGAAAUGUUGUUGAUUUUGCCAAGACAUGAAGAGAACCCUGAAAAGGAGUCCAAUGGGAACAGAGUCUCCUCUUUGUCCCAGUAAGGCAUGGGGCUUCUCUGAACUGAACACUCCAGUGCGGUCAUCACUCAUUGAGACUGAGGAAGAAUUAUAUUUUCCUAAUCAAUGGACAUCUUAGAAAAUCAACUGCCCAACAACAGCUGAGAGAAAAUGAAAACAAUAUGAGUACCUUAAAUGACUUCUGUAAUGAAAUUAAAGAUUUAAAAAGAUUUUGAACCAAGCAUGGCAAAACAUGGACCUGCUAAACUGCUGAAAUGCCUCUCUAAAUGUAUUGAUGUUCUUGUUAAUGGACCUGAAGAUCCAAGAUCAAGAUAAUGGCUUCUGAAGUAGCAGGGGUGUUUAACAGGACAAUGGACAGACAAACUUCCACAUAACUGAUAUUCCCCUGGACUACUGGAGCUUUGGUGCCUCCAGAAAAUACAGCGAUCAGUUGGCUGUGGUUUGUAAUAAUAAUGAUGUGAACUGAACGAAUAACAAGUACAAUAAGAGGACUAACUUACUGCAGUUCUUAUAUUAAUCAUUUAUUAUUAUGACAAUAACAAUAUUAAUGACUUCAACAAUGAUAACAGGGUUUCUGCUCCCUUGAUGAGGGGAGUAUCUUUCUUUAAAUUCAUUUACCGUUUCAUAAUGUUUACUAAAAAUCUAUUUUUUAUUUUCUUUUUUGUUACAUCCUUCUGUCUGAUGAUAAAAAGUGCACAAUUAAGUUUCUAUUCUUCUAAUGUACCCCAUCUAUCUCUUGUCUUUGCCAUAAUUCAACAGUUCAAUAAGUCCUUAUCAAAGAACAGUACAAAAUGUUUAU